AUGAUUAAAUUUUAUAUGAGUACUAUAACAAAGCUUAGAUCAAAGAGAAACCUAAUUACGAUAAGUGAUAAAGCUGCCGAGAGAAUCACUGAGCUUAUGAAAUAAUAGAAUAAUCCAGCAUUUGAUGCAGUCAAAAUAGGAGUAAGAAAACGAGGUUGUAACGGGUUAUCAUACACAAUGAACUAUUGUUCUGGACCAGAUAAAUUAGAUGAAGUAGUAGAAGCAAAAGGUUGCGUGAAGGUUAUCGUUGAUUCCAAAGCAGUGAUGGUGCUAGUAGGAACUGAGAUGGAUUACGUAGAGGAUGACAUUAAAAGUGAGUUUGUCUUUAAGAAUCCAAAUCAAAAAGGCCAAUGCGGUUGCGGAGAGAGUUUUCAUAUUUGA